GAGUUGCGUUGGAUACCUGGCCGUUUCCCGAAAUGUCGUUGUUAUUAUGACAGUUGUUUCCAUUAUCUAAAUUACCUUUUUUAUAAUAAUCAGAAAAAGAGUGCCAAUUUUUUUGACAAAACUCACAAGUUAAUACGCGUAAAUUAUAAUUCGUGUAAUGAAAAUAUGUCGUCAUGUUUAAAAAACAGAAACCAGCUGUGUAAGCUAACAAAGUUAAACUGCAAAAAAUAUUUUGACUUUACUGUUUCGGUCGAAAUAAGUCCGUAAACACUAGGCAAGAGAGUCGCAUCAUUACAGAAUAAGCUGAUCAAUUUCUUAAGAGUUUAAUGAUCUUAAUUAUUUAAAUAAAAAUGAAACUCUUUUGGUUUUUAGUAUCAUGUGUCAUUGUAGAUGUUUCAACAGAUGAACUACUAAGGGAAUAUAAAAAAUCCGUCUCCAUUACAACCAAUCUCAUAUACGAUGUUAGUAGAAUGAAUAUCAUUCGAAAUCAUGUGACGAGAAAUGGAUUGGAGUAUGUAAUUGAGAAAAUUGUUGAGAACAGUUCUUUUACUUUAGAAAUGAUGAAUAAUAUGUUCGCUGUACCGGACUUUCAUUACCUUAGAGACUGGAAUAUUUGCAAGGAUAUCCAAGAAGCUUUAAGAAGACAAAUGACUAUUCACCUAAGUUUUCGUUAUGAUGAAGUUCCAGACCCUAAUUUUGAAGCAUAUACUUUGGUGGAACUAGCAGCACAAAGAAGAAGUAUUACUCUGGAACCUUUAAAACGUUUAUGGAACAGGGCGAUAGGUUGGACGUGUCGUUUCAUAGCAUUGUUCAUGAGUACAAAAUACCCUCAAUUUUUCACACAAGAUGUUGUUGAGUCUGGGACUUUGUGUACCAUAUCUAGUAGGUGGUUGGGAAGCACAAGAUACAGAAAAUUUGAGGGCAGAUGGUGGCGAGUCUUAGGCAAUGACGUUGACACUUGUGUAGAACUCGUUCCAGAACCAGUGUAACACUUUUACAAUGAUUAUGUACUAUUUUUGUUAUAUUUAAAAAAUAUUUUUAUUUUGAACUUAUAUCCAAGUUGUUGAUUUACAAUUUUAUAUAAUUAAUUGUAUGUAACAGUUUUACUCACUAUU